AUGCCACCUCCUGUCGGCAGAUACGGGCCUGCUGGCCUCGGCGCUUCAUCAUAUACCCACUUACAGCAGGCCCAUCUUCAACAACAACACCAGCAAGCCGCCGCCGUCGCCGCGCAACAACAGCAACAGCAGCAGCAGCAACAACAACAACAACAACAUCAUCCCGCCCAUGCCCAGUCCGCCAACGCCGCCCUUCCGCCGCCCUCCCUCGGCGGUCACCCCGGUUUCGCCGCCGGGAUCCCAAACACCAACAUCAACCCAUUCACCCUGUCCGGCUCCGGCAUUGCAAACGGCAUCUCCGUGGCAGCUCUGGCGGGAGGCGCUGCGGAUGCAGGCGGCACGGGGCUCGCCAGCCAUGCCGCUCAGAUGGGAUUCGCCCGGGGCGCGCAGAUGCAACAACAGCAAUUACAUCAGGCUCAUGACGGCCGGCUGGCGCUCGAGUCCAAGGCCGCCGGCGCUGUGAAGACUCGGAUUCGUGACGUCUGGAGUCACAACCUGGCUCAGGAGAUGGCGAUCUUGCGGCAGUUUGUGGAGAAAUACCCGUACAUCAGCAUGGACACCGAGUUUCCUGGCAUUGUCGCACGUCCGAUCGGAGCGUUCACAAACAAAGCAGACUACCACUACCAAACCCUCCGGUGUAACGUCGACCUUCUCAAAAUGAUCCAACUCGGCAUCACCCUGUUUUCGGCCGAGGGCGAGGUCCCGCCCCCCAACGCCACCGACACCAAUGGCCAGCCCCUCGGCAACAGCCUCGUUCCCGCCCCUUGCACAUGGCAGUUCAACUUCCGGUUCUCGUUGGAGGAGGAUAUGUACGCGCAGGAGUCGACGGCGAUGCUGGCCAAGGCGGGGAUUGACUUUACGAUGCACGAGAAGAACGGCAUCGAUCCGUUCGAGUUCGGCGCGCUCCUGAUCAGCUCGGGGCUGGUCCUGCUGGACGACGUGCACUGGGUCUCGUUCCACUCCGGCUACGAUUUCGGCUACCUGAUGAAGAUCAUGCUCUGCAAGCCGCUACCGGAGAAUGAGGAGGAGUUCCACAAGCUGCUGAACAUCUUCUUCCCCUCGCUCUACGAUAUUAAGUACCUGAUGAAGCACGCCGGGCGCAACCAGGCGGUGAACGACACCCCGCUCACGCAGGCCGCGGCGCAGAUUCUCACCAACUUGGGCCAAAAGUCGGGUCUGCAGGACAUUGCAGACGAGCUGGGCGUCAAGCGGGUGGGAAUUGCCCACCAGGCCGGAUCGGACUCCCUCGUCACCGGCGAGAUCUACUGGAAGAUGCGCCAGCUCGUCUUUGGCGGCACCAUCGACGACUCGAAAUACUCCGGGCAAAUCUGGGGCCUGAACGGCCAGAUGCCAGCACUGCUGUACCACAUGCAACCGCACCAAACCCCGAAUCUCAAUGGAGCCACCAUCUACUCGGCCACUGGUACCCCCAGCACCCCUAACGCUGGUCACAUCGGCGGUAGUCAAACGCCUCAUACCUUGACUCCCGGUGGUACGGGCGGCGUACUGGCCCAAUUCCAAGCGGCCAAAUCCUGA